UGCGGCGGCGCCUUGCGUCACACGUCAUACGUAAGGGGGCGUGCCCGAGUCGCGCUCCGUGCGGAGUAGUAACGGAGUUGAACGGCAGCGCUCGAGCUCCAUUGAAAGAAAGUGUCUCCCGGUUCAGAGGCAGCAGGCGGACGAACCGGAGAGGAACGAACCGGAGGGACGCGGCAAACCUGACCGAAAAACACGAGCUCUCAGUCGGCUCAACUCGACACCGACACACCGAGACCCCCCUCACCAUUCUCCCUAGACACACCGACAUUUUAACGGCGGCGGCUCCGGCGGAGGCGACGGGAUAACGUCAGCAGGAAACCGGGAAGAAGAAGACCCGGAGGACGGUGACAGGUGAACGGACUCCGCCACAGGUAGGACUGUCGUGGCCGGAGAUAGAUCCUCGAAGUGCGGGGACGGGUCAUGCGGAUUUCUCCGGUGAAUGAUCGGAGCUCCGCGUCUCAGUAGUUACCGAAGAAGAAGAAAGAGAGAAUAUAACUAGAAGAAGAAGAAGAAAGAGCGAAUAUAAGUAGUAGAAGAAGAAGGAGCAGGAGGAUCCAGAGGAGAGGAGUCAUGUCCCGCAGAAAGCAGAGCAAACCCCGGCAGAUAAAACGUUCCCUCGGAGACCUGGACGUUGGCGAGGAGACCGGCCCGGACAACCUGAGCCUGUCGGGGGAGGACGGAGGAGCCUCGGACCCGGACGACUCUGCAGAGGGCGACGGCUGCAGCUCCCGGCCGUUCACGCCGCUGCACAACGAAGAGCCAAGGACACAUGACUCUGGAGGAGGAGGAGGAGGAGGAGGAGGAGGAGGAGGAGGAGGAGGUGCUGAAGAUGGCGAAGGGGAGGAGCUAGUGCAGACACAGAGCGGCGCUGAGGAGGACGAAGAGCAGCAGCAGCAGCGGGAGGAGGAGGAGGAAGACGAGGAGGCGUCAUCGUGGAGAGGUCCAGAGGAGCUGCAGUUAACGGAGGACGGCGUCGUGGCCGUAGGAGACGUCCGUCCAGACACGACCUGGGGUCCUUACGCCGGGAUCAUCCAAUCAGAGAGCAGCGCUCAUGAGGCGGAGGCCGAGGACUCCAGGUCGACCCUGAAGACUCUGGUCUGUGAAGAUCCAGGAUGUUGGAUGAAUCGUCUCCCUCUGACCUCCGACCCCUCAGCAGCCAACUGCACCGUCUUCAGCCGGGGUGAUGAGUUGUUCUGUAAAGUGACCAGAGAGCUGGCGGCUGGUGAGAGGCUCCUGGCCUUCCUGUCCUCCUCCUCCUCCUCCUCCUCCGCCUCCUCCUCCUCCACCUCCUCCACCUCCCUGCUGCCCCGGCUCUCCCCUCCGCUCAGCCUCCUCACCCAGCAGCCUCCCGCGGUGAAGGAGGAGCCUCUGUACCCGGCGGCGCUGCACUCAGACAUCCAGCUCCUCCCACAGCAGGCCGGGAUGGCGGCCAUCUUGGCUACAGCUGUUGUCAACAAGGACAUAUUUCCGUGUAAGGACUGUGGGAUCUGGUACCGUAGCGAGAGGAACCUCCAGGCCCACCUCAUGUAUUAUUGCGCCAGCCGCCAGAAGCAGCCGACUGCAGCCUCCUCCCCCCCACAAGACAAACCCAAGGAGUCCUACCCCAACGAACGGGUCUGUCCCUUCCCCCAGUGCAACAAGAGCUGCCCCAGCGCCAGCUCUCUGGAGAUCCACAUGCGCACACACAGCGGUGAGCGUCCCUUCGUCUGUCUCAUCUGCCUCUCGGCCUUCACCACUAAAGCAAACUGUGAACGUCACCUGAAGGUCCACACGGACACUCUGAACGGGGUCUGUCACGGCUGUGGCUUCGUCUCCACCACCAGGGACAUCCUCUACAGCCACCUGGUCACCAGCCACAUGGUUUGCCAGCCCGGGUCCCGUAGUGAGGUCUACUCUCCAGGCCCAGGCCUCCCGAAGCUGCCCCUGUCCACUGGUCUGAGUCCAGGAGACUCUGGUGUCGUUCUCAAAUGUCAAGUUUGUGGCCACAACUCAGACUCCCCGGCCCAGCUUCAGCAGCACGUACGAACCCACCUGGAGGUCCGGGUCCCGGCCGAGAGGAGCCCCACCCCUCGGCAAAGCACCCCAUCAUCCGUGGAGCAGCCCCAGAUGUCCCCCCACGAGAAGGAGCCCCUGGCCUGCGUCCCCAAGCCGGACUCGUCCAGCCCCGGAGCAAACGGAGGCUCGGCCACUCCUCGAGACUACAGUCCUCCCGAUGCCUCCGACAUCAAGAUCAAAGAGGAGCCUCGUUCAGACUCGGAGACGGACGAGCAGCAGAUGGAGGUGAAGGAGGAUGGAGAGGAGGAGGAGGAGGAGGAGGAGGAGGGGGAGGAGGACGCUGGUGGAGAGCAGGAGGAUCAGGAAGCAAGAAGGAUGACUAAAGAGCAGUCGGCCGGCACCUCCUCCUCCUGCCAAACAUCCAAAUCUCCAAAGAGUCCAGCCACGACUGUGAAGGCAGAACCAACCAGUCCCACACCUGGUUCCAGCCCGGCCCACGUGGGGGGCACGGGGUCUGUCGUUCCUGGGGGGGCCAUCAUCCUGCCUCACUACAUGUUUAAUGAAGCAGCCAUCUUGCCUCAGGCUUCAGAGAUCCUGGCCAAGAUGUCAGAGAUGGUUCACAGCCGCCUGAAACAAGGCCAGACGGUGGCUCAGGGCAACCCGGCGGCCUUCUUCCCCUCCGGACCUACGGCCCCCACCGCCACGGCCACCCCCCCUCACAAAGGAGCCACCUGCUUCGAGUGUGAUAUCACCUUCAACAACAUCAACAACUUCUAUGCACAUAAGAGGCUGUACUGCUCCAGCAGGCAUCAGGGAGAAGCUGCGACCUCGGCUUCAGGCCCUGGAUCGACUCGAGACUCGGCCCCGGCCUCGGUGCCUUCCAGCGGGGCGUCUCCUCAAGGGGGUGCCUCCAGUAGAGCCGCCUCUGCCUCGCCAACUGACUCUGACCCGGCUGUGGGAGAAUCCAAGAGGGUGGUGGAGGUCAAGAUAGAAGCGCCGGCGGGGAGAGAAGGAGUAUCACCCUCCUCUGAAGGGGAAGGAGGAGGAGGAGGAGGAGGAGGAGGAGGAGGAGGAGGAAGAGCGAGCGAAGGCAGCCAGAGUCCAGCCAGUGGUUCUGCUGAGGACCUGGAAGACGAUCCCAACCGAACCUUCUGCGUCGCCUGCAACAUCCGCUUCACCCGCCACGACAACUACACCGUUCACAAGAGGUUCUACUGCGCGUCGCGCCACGAUCCAUCCAAUCACAGGUCUCCACACAUGGCCAAGGCAAGCGGGGCGGCGCCCUUCCUCCCCCAGCCCAUACGCACACGAAAGAGGAAGAAGAUGUACGAGAUCCACAUGGCCAGAACCGAAGCCCUGGCUAACGCCGCUGCAGCAGCCGCCGCUGCCGCCGCCACUGCCGCCGCCGCCGCCUCCGCCCCGUCCCCCUCCGUCCUGGGCCUCGCCGUCAAGCAGGAAAUGUCUCCCAGUGGCGCCGGCAGCUCCAGCCCCGAAGGAGACGGCCCCAUCGACCUGAGCAAGAGGCCUCGUCUGAGCGAGGCUCCACGCCCCAGCGGUGGCGGCGGCGGUGGCGGGGGGGGCGGCGUCCUCCCAGCUCUGCCUCUCACCGACUACCACAAGUGCACCGCCUGCAGCAUCAGCUUCAACAGCAUCGAGAACUACCUGGCUCAUAAAACCUACUACUGCCCCGCCACCACCCUCCAGCCCCACACCCUGGAGCAGCUCCACAGGCUCAAGAGGUCGGCCUCCACCUCCCCCAAGAGCCGGCCUCAGCAGGAGCGUCCGGACCUCCUGCACCCCGUCGAGGCCAAAGCCCUCCCGGCUGAGUGGGUGGCCCAGGCUCAAGGUACCUCCAGCCCUCACCCCUCUGCCUUACCCGCCUCAGGAGCUACAUCCCCCUCACAUACAACCACCACCACCCUCGCAGCCACUCCAGGAGCUGGAGCCCAAGGUUCCACUCAGGUGGUCUGCCCCUACUGCCCCAACAGGCCCAUCAGCGGUGACCUGAUGGAGCACUUCAAGGCGGUCCACGGCCUCCUCGUAACCAUCCACUCGCCCCAGGAGACCCGGUCCCAGCCGGUCAGCCCCAGUCUAAGCCCCAGAGACGGAUCCACGUCCAGCCAGACCAGACCCGGCUCCAGAGUGCACAGAGACAGUAUCAACGGACAAGCCCGGAGCGGUACCACGUCCCCCAUCUCGCCCCUGGUCAACGGCAGCCCCUCAGCUGGGGGGGGUUCCCCUCCGGCUGGCUCGCCUCUGCCGGUGUCUCCCCCAAGGGCUCCGUCUCUGACUCUGUCUCCUGUGCCUGAGGUCCUGAGGGAGAAGGUUGCGUCGUCCCACCUCCCAGACAAGGCUUCCCCCACCGCCCCCACUGCCUCCCCCAAAACCCCCCUGAUCUCCCCGGUCCAGAACGGGAACUCCCGCUUCUGCCGGCUGUGCAACAUCAAGUUCAGCAGCCUCUCCACGUUCAUCGCCCACAAGAAAUACUACUGCUCCUCCCACAGUGCCGAACACGUCAAGUGAACCUCCUCCUCCUCCUCCCCCUCGGCCAGUCCUCCCAACACGGUGCCUCCCAACAUGGCGCUUUAGCUGACAGUGAAUGACUGUUACUCCCUGGUAGGGCCUGACGGUGGCGUUACCAACAGACAGUGACUGAAAUUCCUCCCAUGGGUCAAAGUUUGUCGUACACUAAGAGCUGAGGCACCGACGUGUCUUCGUCCUGUAGAUCACUCUCUCUUGUCUCUAACAUGCACCACUCCCGGGCCUCAGAGAACAUCGUCACGUUUACGGGACGUUAAAAAGAUUUUCUGUCUUGUCGUUGAGUUUCUAACGACGAUAAUCGGACGAAUCGUGAUGAAUUCCCGGUCUCCUCCCGAGCUCUUGAUGUUUUUCAGACCUAAACGGGAGGAAUGUUUUUUCUCUUGUGUGGAAAAAGACUUGAUCAUUGUUCCUGUUUUUAUUAUCUGUGCAUAGUGUAUGAUGUCUGAAGAGAAGAAGAGUUCUAUGAUGCUUUUGGUUUCAACACUGGCUCUUUUUUUUUUUUUUUUGCUUACUUGCGAAGCUGCAGCGUUUUUAGCUGAAUAACGUUUGGCAUCACAAUGUUACUAAUUACUGAAGGAGAAUAUUUCCAAAUGGACUCUUUUCUUUUCUUUUCAUACACAAGAUUCUUUAUUUUCUCUUUAAAACGCAAGGGAGGCAAAAUGUGAAAUAUUUAUCUUUUAGUCCUCACUGAUUUCAUGUCAACAGAAAACUACCUACCUAGUGUCUUGAGAGUAUUUGUAUUUUUUAUUUGUAUAUUUUUUCAUACUGUUGGAAGGAGCCGCGCUGAAGUGAGUUUUCUAAGUGUCGAUACUGAAGAUCUUCUUCACGGUAAUCACUGGGAUCAACUUUAUCUCAUUCUGUGUUCUGUUCCCGUUUAGUUUCCAGCCCUCUCCGCCUCCUCGUACACCACCCACGUCUUAGGUUACACAAACGUUUUACACACAGCUGUGUUCUCUUCGUUGCAAACUUUAGAUUUUUGUUGAAUGAUUGUGUUUGUGUCCGGUGAUGAAGGCUCAGUCUAAGACCACAGUAGAGAAAGCACACUGAUCUCUUAAUCACAUGGUCCAGUCCAUGUGACCCUGUGCUGCUGCAGCAGCUGCAAUACAGUGUUAGCUACAACUGUGAAAUGCUUUAUAUGACACAUCGUCUAAAUUCAGUUUUAGCCUCAGUUCAGAUACGUUCGUCACAGACCUGCUUGCUCUCAGGAUUUUUAGCUGAAUUUGGACACUAAAACUCUUUGUGGUUACAAAAAAACACCUGUGGGAAAUCUAGUCCAACCCAUGUGCAUGCUUUAAUUUAAAAAAGAAAUUAAGGGAAGGAUCUGAAAUAGACCUCCAUCUGCUGUCGAUAACCAACCGACCUCCAAAAGAACAGCAAUCAAUAAUAAAUAUGUUUACAUGCUUCAAAUCUACUCAAUUAAAUCCCAUUUAACACAGACGGGACCCUAUCGAGUCCUAGGACCCGUUGGAGACUUUAGGAAAAAUUAAGUGUGAUAUUGGAUGUGAGAAAUGAAACUAUAAACACCGCAGGACAGAUCUAAACCUCCUCUGGCAAACCACCUCAUUUCCAUUAAUCAACAUCAACACAUUUUCACCUGGAGUCGCAUCAAAAACAACUUCAGACUAAAGCGUUUUUUUAAGUCACAGAUUUUCAUUCAGAGCUAGUCUGCCUUUUAAACACCUGAGAUUAUCAAACACGUCUGUCGUCUUGAACGUCGCCUGAACCCCCCCCACCCCAGUUUGAUAAGACUAAAUGUAAAGUGGAGGAUUUUAACUCCUGCUCGGCUCUUGUGUUUCUGAGCAGAAUCAUCUCACUACUGUUUACAACUCUGCUGUUCAUCUCUACGUUAAAAAGACGAGAGAAGAAGAAGAAGAAGACAAAGUCCCAUUCAUUAAAAGAAUCCUUCUCGUUGCACUGUGUUGUAUAAAAUGUGCUGAAUGUUUUAGUUUUAGCUACCUUUUUUUUUGUAUUUUAUUUAUGUUAUACGGCACUUUUUUCUUUUUUUUUUCUUUUUUCUUUUUUUUGUUCGUUUCUUUUCCCGUCCAGGAUGACUUUGAAGGACUUUCAGAAAGAUUUAAACUCUCACAUAAAACUUUAUGUUGAUGAUUCCUUUUUGUGUCUGAAAUGGAGAAAAAUCACAAUGAAUGUCAACACUUUUGUUUCCAAUUUAAUUUUAAUUGUUUUUAGUUUUUUUUAUUUCAGUUCCACUACACUCUUGUCCAAACUAUGCAUGGGAAAUAAAAAAGAAAAAAGUUCUGAGAGACACUGAA